AUGCUCAGGACAACGAAUGAAAAUGAGUCCUUCUGUGGCCCCCUGACCACUGUAAUGUCGCAAGUGCCAGCGGCAAUGAAUGGGUGUAUCGACAAAUACUCGUCGAGUAUGAAAUCAAGCGCGCCUUGGCGCAGCCAACGACACAAUAUCUUCGAACGGGCCUAUAACCGCGUGCAACUCGCGUACUACCGCUACGAAGUGACUUUCGGUCUCUAUGUGUUGACAUUCAAUGAAAAGCUUGUCGUCAACGCCUUCAGUUUGGCCGUUGUAACCCUCGUCUUCUGGGCACUUCUUUACUUCCCAGCCUUGGUCUAUAACAAGAGGGAUGAUCUCACCUGGUUGCUGACAGGCCACCACAACCAGCAAGUUGGCACCGUGUCGUGA